UAGUUAAAUAUACAAUUUACUGUGUACAGAUACAAUGGUUCCUCUGAGUGAAGCUUCCCUUGAGGAGGCAAUACAAAGUGAAAUAACUUUGAAACAAAGUGCCGAACAAAUAGCUAAAGAUAUUGAAAACAAAACAUACGAUGUGGUUAAACUAUGCGAAAGCUUACAGUUCUGUUUGACCUCUAGCAAUGUGGAGAAACGUGUACAGGGUACGCUGCUGUAUUCACGAGUCUUGGCUCUGUUGCCCAAUGAUCACCUCAAUGCUGAACAAGUCGAGGUGCUGUCAAAUUUUUAUGCCGCCCGUCUUAAGGAUCAUCAUAAUGUUGUACCCGCCAUAAUAGAAGGCGUUGAUGCCCUGGUCCAUAUGAAACACUGUCCUGGAAAGUGCGUUGUUAUGCUUUUGCAGAAUUUCUUUUUGAAUACAACAUGUCAAUCACAGUUACGCAGUGAUCGUUUUCGUUUAUUCCAAAUAUUUAAAUAUAUUUCGGAAAGAUAUGUGGAGGAUUUAAAGGCAAUGUCUGGUGAUUUUAUUUAUGGCAUAAUCAAUUCGCUGGAUGGCGAACGCGAUCCAAGGAAUCUGGACUUUAUAUUCACAUUUAUGCCGAAUUUCAUCCAAACAUAUCCAUUGUUGCAUUUAAGUGAGGAGAUGUUCGAAGUGUUUGCCUGUUAUUUUCCUAUCGAUUUCAAUCCAACCAAAAACGAUCCGGAUACAAUAACAAGAGAAAAUUUGGCUUCGAAAUUGACGCAAUGUCUCGUAGCCUCGCCAGAGUUGGUCGAAUGGACGGUAGCAUUGGCAUUGGAAAAAUUGGAAAGUGAUUUGGUUGUGGCCAAAUGUGAUUCUUUGGAAUUGCUGUACCAAGCUGCAUUAAAGUUCCCCUGCGAUCUUUUGGAAUCUCAUUUUGAACAAAUAUGGAUUGCACUUAAAAAUGAAUUGUUUCCCGGCUCAGAAAACAAUGAUGUCAUCUCACAUGCUCUGCGUACAUUACGUUGUGUACUGGAACAAGCGACCUCUAACACCAACAUCAGUCAUAAUUACCAAACGAUUAUUUUGGGAACAAUUUUGACACAUCUUAGUGAUGUCAAUCAUCGUCUUUUUAAUUCUGCCUCUACCAUUGCAUUGGUUUGUGUAGCUGGAGAUCCGGUAUUUGCAAGCGAGAAAAUUCUCAAUACAUUCUUAAUCAAGCUUAGUGAAGAUCCUAACACUUUAAAUGACGAUCAGUCGAUACGCAUUUAUAAUAUUAUUGCACAAAUGUUUAAUAUCAUUUCGCUAAAACGAGAGGAUGUCUUUAAGGCUCUCAAUGCGGAGUUGUGUUCGAAAUUGCAUUCCCAUAUUAUUGCCAGUUUGAAGAAAACAGAUGCGGAAAUAAGUGAUUUAAAUCAGGAUCUAUUAAAAGUUUCUCUGACCGUGCUAAUCGAAUGUGCACCAAUAAUCAGUGAAGCUAACCGAGUGCUGGUGUAUAGAAUUCUAAUGAGCUUGUUGACAAAUGAAUCGAUCGAUGUGGAACAAACACAACCAUUAAUGGAACGUUUGGGAGCAUUGUAUCCCAUUGAAUUACAAUCGAAUUGUAUUGAUGGCUGUAUAAGAAAUUUCAGUCUAUUUUCAAACUUUGUUAAACAGAAAAUCUUAACAAACCUCAUGCCACUUGUUCGACAAAUAGCUUUUACACAACGAAUUUUGGAUUUAUUGUACCAGCAAAUAUUUGGCAAUGAUGUGACCAAUGACGUUAGACUUUUAUCUUUGGAAGCUUUAAAUCGCCUGCUGAAAACAGAAGAUCAACGCUUCAUCCAAGAUCUUCAAAAUAAUAGCGAACUUAUAGACAAACUUGUACAAUUGGCACAAAAUAAUAACCAAUUAAAUUCGGCUGUCCUGGCACAAAUUGCCCACGCUUUAAGUUCCAUCGUUCAAACACUUGCCAUUGCCGAACAGUAUAUGGUGGCCACAAAUUAUUUAUAUAAUUUGAAUUUGCAACUUGAGGCAGAUCUUUACAUAGCCGAAGGUCUUUUGGGCUAUUUACACAAAGACAUCAGUCUUGAUGAUCAUUUUGAGCGUUUAUUGGAUGAUCUGACCGAGUUGUCGCUGCAAUCGGAAAAUGAAGGCAUGCGAGAGGUGGCCCAUCAUUUGUUAUGUAGCUUGGUGAAUAAGAUUGAGUACAGCGAGAAUAAUCGCGGCACAAUCAAACGCAUAAUUAACAAACUCAAGGACGCCAUUAAAAAGGAAAACAAGAAAGCUGUUGAAGCACUGUCGUGGUUGGGCAAGGGCCUUGUUAUGCGGGGAAGUACUGAAGCUGGUGAAAUUGUUGAAACCUUAUCUGAAUUGUUGGAUCAUCCUUCGUUAUCAACAGCGGCCUCGUUGGCAUUUGAAAUUAUAUCUGCAGAGUAUCCACAAUUACAUCUGCCACAGGUGAAAUUUUUAUUCCAACAAAAGUUCUUCCAUAUGAUUUUGGCGAAAUUGGGCCAUAAAUUGGAACAGUAUUGUGAACAUCAUUUGAUGGCAUUUGUGUAUGUGUUGAAGGCAACACCUCAUGCUGUUUUGAAAAUGAACAUUGAAAAGAUCGGACCAAUACUAUUUAAAUGCCUGGAAUCGGGAAACGUUCACACUCAAGGAAUAUCUUUACAAAUUUGUGAAAAUUUUGUCAAACAUCAAGAUGAGUAUUUCCGCAGUCAUUUGAAUCAUUUAAUACCAGCCUGUCUAAAGUUAACAACAUGCGAUCACUCAAUGAAAAUAAGAAUAUCGGCAUUGAAGCUACUGUAUGACAUUACCAAAUAUCCAACAUUUGUUUUGCUUCCCUACAAAGUUGAUGUGGUCCUGGAACUGGCAACAGCUCUCGAUGAUCCUAAACGUUUGGUACGCACUGCUGCGGUACAGGCUCGUAAUGCCUGGUAUAUGAUAGGAGCUCCAAAGACAGAAUAA